GCUGUUUGUCCAGGAGCUGAGAGCUGAAUGGAGCCUGAUAAAUGUUUACAGGUUCAUUUUGUCCAAUGACCUCAAAAUCAAAGGCCCAGAUCGCACCUCUGCCCCGGGCUGAAGUCUUUGCAUACUGGGUGCUGUCCUUUGCUUCUCAUCUGUAUUCCUUCUAUCAUUUACACAGAUUCUCCAAAGAACAUGAAGUAAGUCUGCAAAAGGAAUUCCAACUUGAGCAAGGUUUUAUAAGCUAUUUUAGGGACCCAAAUGACUUUGAAUGGACCUUUUGGACAGACUGGGCAAAGAAAUCUUUACUAUAUAGUUUUUUUGGACAUGGGGUGAUCACAAUAUUGACGAGCCUUUUCUUCCCGAAGCUGAAAGUGCCAGCCUCUGCAGUGUAUAGCUUCAUAGUGGCCAACAAUGUACUGGGAGUAAAAGGAGUUUCUGUGCUUUUGCUUCACCUUUGCAUCACUUUUUUAGUCGCCCAAACGAGAAAACCUGCAUUGUGUUGGGCCUCCAGUCUCCUCCUGUUGUCCACCCUUCAUUUUCAGCCAUUACAAGAGAUCCAGAGAGGCUGGUAUGAAACCGAGGAGGAGUACUAUCUCCUUCUCUUCAGUGUUGCCGUGUGUGGUCUGCGAUUUAUCAGCUACAGCCUGGAGCAUUGCUGGUGCCUCCCCGAAACUGGUCGCACAGUGCAGCUCUGUUGGUUGUUUUCCUAUACUUUCUAUCAUCCCUUUUUCUACAACGGCCCCAUUAUCGCGUUCAAAGAUUACAUCCAGCAGAUAAAAAGACCUGCAGACGACCUGUACAGAGAUGGAGCAGUGUUUAAAUUUGUGAUUGUUCGAACUUUGAGAAUUGCAGUGUGGUGGGGUAUUGCCGAAUACAUGAUCCAUGCAAUGUAUAUGCACGCAAUUCAGAGCAAUGAGACGUAUUUGGAGAUCCUUCCUCCUUGGGCUCUCGGUGGUCUGGCACUCGCCCUCGUCCAGUUCUUCUAUGUGAAGUAUUUGGUCCUCUUUGGUUUGCCGUCCAUGCUGGCAGUGAUGGAUGGACUGAUCCCGCCAAAGCUCCCUCGCUGUGUCAGCAUCAUGCACACUUUCACUGGAAUGUGGAGGCAUUUUGAUGAGGGUCUGUAUCGAUGGCUCAUCAGAUACAUCUACGUCCCAUUGGGGGGUUCUCGCCGUGGUCCUCUUUAUAAAGUGUUGUCCAGCGGUUUGGCGUUUGGAUUCGUCUGUCUGUGGCACGGCGGUCACGACUACUUACAGUACUGGGCGCUCAUGAACUGGGCUGGCGUGCUGGUGGAGGGCGGAGUGAAAACGCUCUUAUCCUUGCCGCUAAUUCGCUCUUUCAUUGAGCGUCAUUUUUCUGCAGCCACGAGGAGACGCUGCGCUGCCCUUCUGUGUGCCUUUUCCACCGCCAUGCUCAUCCUGUCCAAUCUAGUGUUCCUCGGAGGGAUCCACGUUGGCAGAAUCUUCUGGAAGAGGGUUUUUAUUCGAGGCUGGUCCAGCGUUGCGCCCCCCAUGCUGGUCUUCCUCUACUGUUUCGCACAGAUUGGACUUGAGCGGACCUCCCCUCAGCAGGAGUCACCUUGACUUUGCUUAACAGCGUAAAUGAGUGCGACCGGAAAGAACGGCACGCUGAGUCCAGGAGGUCGUGGUCAGUAGCAGCCGGACUAUGAAUAACACUGGCUCAUGCCCAUAAAUCUGGCUUAGUUAUCCUACCUGCUGAAGUAUUUGUGUUUACUGUACCUGCUGAAGUAUUUGUGUUUACUGUACCUGCUGAAGUAUUUGUGUGUACUGUACAAUAAUGCAUCAGUUCAUGUUGUGUUAAAGGUCCUAUAUUAUGCAAAACUGACUCUUGU